AUGAUUGAAGAAAUAAAAAAGGAGUACAAAACACUGAAAUGUAGUGUGAUUGUUAUUCCAAAAACAAGUAAAGAGGUAGUUGAGAGGAUUAAGAAGAAUGGAGAGAAGUAUAAAAUGAUUUAUAUUAUCUUUAGUGGAUUAAUGAAUGGAAUGAUUUCAUAUUGGAAGAGUGAAAGUGGAGGAAUUACUUAUUUGAUAAGUACAAUGAUUAUCAUAAUGAUGUAUUUGAAAAAUAAAGAGAGAGUUAAUAAGAUGAUGGCAAGAUUGAAUAUACCAGUGUGGAUGAUAACAUACAUUGGAAAUAUUGUGAGUGUUAUUGUGAUGGGAAUGAGAGGAGAAGGAGGAAUUUGGUAUUUGUAUGUGUCAAACAGCACAUCAAUUAUAUUUGGGAUACACUCUAUUAUAACAAGUAAUUAUAAUUGA